AUGGUUCAGAACGGCACGCCCCUUCCCGCUAAGCUCGCCGGCCCGCCCCUGAGUGAUCGCGACGCCAUCGCCGAUGCGUGCUACCGCGCUUUCCUGUCCAUCGACCAGUCCAGCGAGGAACUUCUCAAGUCGAGCGUGACACCUGAUGUCUACACCGACAUCGCCUUCAAAGUCUGCAAUGGCUAUGAAGAGCUCAGGGACAAGGUGUGGACGAAUGUCAGCGAGCGGGUUGACACGAUCCACUACCUCACCAACGUGCGCGUAAGCGUCGACACCGAAACCACCGCCCGCGUCACCUUCAACGCUCAGGCUGUGCACUGCAUCCUUGGCAAGGGCUACGAGCCGGACUCUGUGAAGUUCACUACUGGCGCGUUCUACAACUGCGACGCUGUCAAAGUGGACGACCUUUGGAAGUUGAAGACGAUGAAGUCCACCCAUAUUUGGUCCACUGGCGAUCGUUCUAUCAUGAAACCUCCCCAGUAA